AUGGAAACCCGCAGAAGGACCGCACUGCUGGGCAUCGCUGUCCAUCGCUGUCCAUGCGAGCCGUCCUGUCUGACUGUGUGCUACGUACCCAGGCAUGAGCGAACCAUUGCCUGUCGUUUUGCAAAAUCCGGGGGAUCCUCUCAGGCACGCAUGCACACUGGUACGGUCUGGGCACUGCACGACAGGGAGGACACUGGGACGCCUAGCGGCUUGCCUUGCCCGGUACAUGGCUCAGCCCCGUCGAUACCUGCGGGCGACAUCCCCCCGGCCCCCGACCCUAGCAGGUCGCACCCCAAACUUGCCCAGGAACAGGCUGGGCGCUGGACUGGGAACGAGACUGGGACGGCUCGUCUCAACCUGAGGCCCGUCACCUUAGCACUUAUAUAA